AGACAGGUGUUUUUUAUGCCCAGAUCCCUUGUAGUUGUCCAUUUUUGGGCACCAUGGGCCCCUCAGUGCAUCCAGAUGAACAACGUCAUGGCUGAACUAGCCAAGGAACAUGUGCAAGUUACCUUUGUGAAGCUGGAAGCUGAAGCUGUGCCUGAAGUAUCUGAAAAAUAUGAAAUUAGUUCUGUUCCAACGUUCUUGUUUUUUAAGAAUUUGCAGAAAAUUGACAGGUUAGAUGGUGCCCAUGCCCCAGAGCUGACCAAAAAAGUCCAGCGCCAUGCAUCCAGCAGUUCUGUUACCAUUGGAUCUAAUGAUAACGUGAAAGAGGAUCUUAAUGUGCGUCUAAAGAAAUUGAUCAAUGCUGCACCGUGCAUGCUGUUUAUGAAAGGAUCUCCACAAGAGCCUCGCUGUGGUUUCAGCAGACAAAUGGUGGAGAUUCUGAACAAGCAUAAUGUUCUGUUUAGCAGUUUUGAUAUUUUUUCUGAUGAAGAAGUACGUCAAGGACUGAAAACAUAUUCCAGCUGGCCUACUUAUCCUCAGUUGUACGUAGCUGGAGAUCUCAUAGGUGGACUGGAUAUUGUUAAGGAACUUGAGGCUUCUGGAGAACUGGACACAAUUUUUCCCAAGUCACAUAAAUUGGAGGACAAACUUAAAGGCCUGAUAAACAAGGCUCCUGUGAUGCUAUUUAUGAAAGGCAACAAACAGGUGGCAAAAUGUGGAUUCAGCAAGCAAAUUAUAGAAAUCCUAAAUGGCACUGGUGUUGAUUUUGAGACAUUUGACAUACUGGAAGAUGAAGAGGUACGGCAAGGAUUAAAAACCUAUUCAAAGUGGCCAACAUAUCCUCAACUGUAUGUGAAAGGUGAACUUGUUGGAGGGUUGGAUAUUGUUAAGGAACUAAAAGAAAAUGGAGAAUUGUUACUCAUUCUGAAGGGAGAAAAUUAAUGCAAAUGGACACGAAUGCUAAUGAUAGGAGCUGAAAUAUUGCAAAAAAUGAUUUGUUUAUGGAUUGAAUUGGAACAAUACAUGAUUUACCCUGGGUAAAUGGAGCAGGAGUAAAGCUUUUGGCUUGCCCUAUAUAUUUCACAAUUUCAUGCUAGAUCUAUAUGUAAAAUUAGUUUUUCACCCAUAAUGCAAAACUGUAUUUAUGUCUUCAAAUUCAAUUAAAAUGGAAUGUUAAAAA